AUGUCGAUGCUACCUGGCCCUAUGGCCAUCACGGCCCCUACAGAACAGAUUCGUGAAAAGGGAGCUACGGAGGAUGAGAUCCGCCAAAUGGAACAGGAGGGCACCCACCCCGGCGUGCGCCAUCGCAUCUGGGGUCUGGAAGCCCGUCUAGAUCCAUCGGUGACUUUUGAAGAAUUCACCUAUUGGGCUAAGAUUGAGCGUGAACUCGAAGAUGUGGACUAUCGUCGCUAUACUGCUGUGACCGGCGGCGGCGGUAUCCUCGGCUCCAUCAAGGGCUACUUCAAGAACAACCCUUAUGAGGAUGCCAAAAUCCAGGAAUCGCGUGAGCUGCAGGCAAACGAGCAGUCUCUCCAGGUCUCCGAGAAGAAGGCCAAUGUUGCAUCCAACAGCGCAUCCAACAGCAGCGACGAGGGUGCUGUCAGCCCUAUUGCACCCCCUCCCUACGAACUCGAUGCCGAAUGGCGCUUGGCUGCCAGAGCCCUGCGCAAUGCCGGUUGGGGAACCAUCUUCUACCUGAUCACGACCGAUAUCCUGGGUUGGUCGCAGACACCCUACGUCUUCGCCAACACUGGUUACGGCCUCGGCGUGGGCAUCUUCGUCCUUAUGGGGCUUGCUGCUUUCGCCUCCGGAAUCAUGAUCUGGAGAACUUUCCUCGGUCUUGACUCGUCCCGGUACCCGAUUCUCAGCUUCGGUGAUCCAUUCCUGCGUCUGUAUGGACCUCGCAUGCGCCACUUUAUCAACUUCAUGCAAUCGCUGCAGAUGUUCCUGAGUGUCGCUGUCGUUCUGCUUGGUAAUACUGGUAUCAUUGCUCAGCUGGGUGGAAACGCCAACCUGUGCUAUGUUGUCUGCGGUAUUAUCUCGCUUGUUGUUGGCAUGGCCAGUGGUUACAUGCGCUCUCUCAAGCACCUCGGUUGGUUCUGCAACAUGUCGGUGUGGAUCAACAUUGUCACCUUCGUUAUCAUCUGUGUUGCUGCCGCCAAGCAUGGCCCUGACCCGGCUGCUGCUGUUGAGAACGGUAUCCUGAACAAGGCUUGGUCUACCGUCGCGACAAUGGCGCCGGUCAAGACCUUUGUCAGCACUCCUCCUGCCGAGUACCAGCCCACCGACACGAACCUCUUUGCUGCUCAGUUCAACGGAAUCAACAGCAUGGUUUAUGCCUACUCGGGAGCUGUGAUGUUCGUCGCCUUCUUGUCCGAGAUGAGACGCCCUAUGGACUUCUGGAAGGGUCUGCUCGUUGCGCAAACCUUUAUCACCGUUGUCUACAUCUUCUUCGGUGCCUUUGUCUACCACUACUACGGCCAAUACAGCUACAGCAACGUCAACCAAUCCGUUAACCCCAAGAACCUCCAAGUUGUCGUCCUCUACUUCAACGUGGGCAUGAAAACCGUCUACCUCGAAGUCGGCCAAGCAAUCUUCAGCCUCCCGCCCAUAACCUCCAAUCAUGGCAAAUACCUCUGGUGGGGUCUCGGCCCCGUAUACUGGAUAAUCGCCUUCGUCCUAUCAAUGUCCGUCCCCGAAUUCAGCGCCUUCACAAACUUCGUCGGCGGCCUCUUCAGUCUAAACUUCACCUACUCCUUCUCGGGAGUCAUGUACCUGGCCUAUAAGAUCCAAGACGGUGCUAGACUGCCCGGCGAGGGAUUCGACCCCGCCACAGGCCAGACGACCCGCCUUGAUAAGGGUGUUAAGCGGUGGGUGCGCGGGUUCAUGAAGACUUGGUAUAUUAGUGGUCCUGUGCUUGUUUUUACGUGCUGUGGUCUUGCUACGUCUGGGAUGGGUACUUGGGCUGCUGUGUUGGCUUUGGAGUCGGCGUUUGGUCCGGGGGGUUCGGUGGUUACGUCUUGGACUUGUGUUAACCCUUAUUAUAAUGGCUGA